GUGCUCGUGAACGCCCAAUCAUACUACAUCUCGGAGGUUUGUCUUUAGACACCUCUCUACAGUGAGUCUAUUUCCUUCGUGGAGCAUUCAUUUGUCUCCUUUUGUACCUUCCGGAAAGCACCCCACCUCUAGAAUAUCGUCCGUCAAUUUCACGAUGGCCUCCGACUCGACCUACUUGGCCAUUCCCGGCUCGGUUGCCUUCUCGCGCUCCCGUGGCCACGCCAUUGCUGCUAGCAUUGGUGCCCAGGACGUUCGCGCCCAAUGGGUCCAUUACGUCCACACGUCUCAACCGUUGGAUGAACCCCAGCAGGCCAUCCUGGAGCAGUUGCUCCACUACGGUGAUAUCACGGACAUCCCGGAAUCAUUCGCUGCCGAAGAUGGCUCCUUCGAUGUUUUCUACGUCUUCCCCCGGACAGGAACCAUCUCUCCUUGGAGUACCCAGGCCACCGGUAUCUCCCAUGUCUGCGGUCUUCGCAAGUAUGUGAAGCGCAUCGAACGUGGUUUGAAGAUCUCGUGCCUGCGCGCCGACUCCUCCGAUUACAAGCCCGGAUACCAGGACAUUCUGCAUGACCGGAUGACCCAAAUUAUCGGCAAGGACGAGCCUGACCUGCACUUGAUGUUCUCCGAGCACAGCCCUCUCCCCCUCGAGACCGUGAACCUCCACGGCAGCGACAAAUCCCCGAAAGAGGUUCUACAAGAAGCGAACAAGCGUAUGGGACUGGCAUUGGAAGAAUCGGAAAUUGACUACCUCGCCGAGGCGUAUGGUCCGAACGGUCCCAUCGCUCGUGACCCCACCGAUGUCGAACUGUUCAUGUUUGCUCAAGUCAACUCGGAACAUUGCCGCCACAAGCAGUUUAAUGCUUCCUGGGUCAUUGAUGGAAAGCAGAUGCCUAACAGUCUAUUUUCCAUGAUCCGGAACACUCACAAGAAAAACCCUGAACACACCGUGAGUGCUUACAGCGACAACGCUGCUGUGCUUGAGGGAGACGAGGCUGCUUUCUGGGCCCCUGACUCAUUUACUGGCGAGUGGAAUCACACGAAGGAGCUCGUUCACUUUUUGGCCAAGGUUGAGACCCACAACCACCCUACAGCCGUGUCGCCCUACCCUGGUGCUGCCACCGGAUCUGGUGGAGAAAUCCGUGAUGAAGGAGCUGUGGGACGUGGCUCAAGGCCCAAGGCUGGUCUUUCGGGCUACUGUGUCUCUGACCUGCUGAUCCCCGGCUUCAAACAGCCGUGGGAACUCGAAGUCGGCAAGCCAAACCACAUCGCUAGCAGUUUGGACAUUAUGCUGGAAGCCCCCAUUGGCAGUGCUGCCUACAACAACGAAUUUGGCCGACCUUGUAUCUCUGGUUACUUCCGUACUCUCUUGACUGAGAUUGACAUUGGCAAUGGACAAACCGAAUUCCGUGGUUACCACAAGCCCAUCAUGAUCGCGGGUGGUGUUGGAACCGUCCGACCCCAACAUGCCAUCAAGAAGCCGGAGGCUGUCAAGCCCGGUGCCUUCCUUGUCGUUCUGGGCGGUCCGGCCAUGUUGAUUGGUCUUGGUGGUGGCGCUGCUUCCAGUAUCACCUCGGGUGAAGGAUCGGCCGAUCUUGACUUCGCCAGUGUGCAACGAGGCAACGCCGAGGUUCAGCGCAGAGCUCAGGAAGUCAUCAACGCCUGUGUGGCCAUGGGCGACAACAACCCAAUCAAGUUCAUCCACGAUGUCGGUGCUGGCGGUCUUUCCAACGCUCUUCCUGAGUUGAUUCAUGACUCGGGCCUGGGCGCCACCUUCGAGCUGCGGGAGAUCGAUAAUGCCGACCGUAGCAUGAGUCCUAUGCAGAUCUGGUGCUGCGAAGCUCAGGAGCGGUACGUCCUGGCUGUUGGUGAAGACUCCAUGAACAAGUUCACCGCCAUUGCUCAUCGUGAGCGCUGUGGCUUCUCCGUCGUGGGCCGCGGAGGCGGAACCUCGGAGGAGGAAAAGAGACUCAUCCUUCUCGAUCGGGAGUCCAAGGAGUUCCCCAGACCCAUUGAUCUACCUUUGAAUGUUCUGUUUGGAAAGCCACCCAAGAUGACGCGCACUGUGGACUCGCGCAGGCUGAAAUUGCCCGCAAUUGAUGCAGGCCUGACCACGUACUUGCCUGAAGUUGCGCCUAACCGGGGUGAGCUCAUCAGCGAGGCCGCGAACCGAGUGCUAUCUCUCCCUGCUGUCGGGUCCAAGUCUUUCCUUAUCACCAUCGGUGACCGGACUGUCGGAGGUCUUACUGCUCGUGAUCAGAUGGUGGGCAGAUGGCAAACCCCCGUGUCUGACGUUGCCGUCACGGCAACCACCUUGCUGCAGGGAGUUAAGACCGGUGAGGCUAUGGCAAUGGGCGAGAAGCCCAACCUCGCACUCAUCUCUCCCGGUGCUUCGGCUCGCAUGGCUGUUGCGGAAUCUCUGAUGAACAUCGCGGCUGCCGAUCUGGUUGAUCGUCUAAGCCGAGUGAAACUCUCGGCCAACUGGAUGUCUGCCAGCAGCCACCCCGGAGAGGGUGCUGCUAUCUAUGAGGCGGUUGAGGCCAUUGGUAUGGAUCUCUGCCCCAAGCUGGGCAUCAGCAUUCCCGUCGGAAAGGACUCCAUGUCCAUGAAGAUGAAGUGGACCGAUGAUGCCUCCAAGGAAGCGAAGGAGGUCACCGCCCCGAUGUCUCUGGUCAUCUCCUCUUUCGCGCCUGUUGGUAACUACAGAAAGACAUGGACCCCUGCUCUUCGCCGUCCUGAGGAUGUUGGUGACACUGUCCUCAUGUUUGUCGAUCUUUCGUUCGGCCGCAAGACUUUGGGCGGCUCUUCUCUUGCCCAGGUCUUCAAGCAGGUUGGUGACGAGUGCCCCGAUGUCCGGGACGUGGACAUUUUCAGAGACUUCUUUGAUGCUACUCAGCAGCUGCAGGAAGCGGGUAUCGUCUUGGCUUACCACGACCGUUCCGACGGUGGUCUCUUCACCACCCUGGCUGAAAUGAUGUUUGCCGGCCGCUGCGGUGUUGAGAUCAUGCUUGAUAACAUUUGCUCUGGCCUUGACACGAAGAGCCUUGUGGAGACCCUCUUCACCGAGGAGCUGGGUGCCGUCUUCCAGGUGCGCAAGGAGCAUGAGAUCCAGUUCCGCUCCUGCUUCGCUACUUGUGGUCCUCCUGCUGGCUUGAUUCACAAGAUUGGACGUGUUUCGGAACGUCACAAGCAGAACCUUGCCAUUUACCACAAGGCUAGCAUGGUCUACCGUAACAGCCGUGCCAACCUGCAGCAAACCUGGUCCUCGACGUCUUACCACAUGCAGAAGAGGCGUGACAAUGCCGUCUGUGCUGACCAGGAAUUCGCCAACAUCCUCGAUGACGCCGACCCUGGUUUGUCGUGGAACCCCAGCUUCGACCCGAAGGACAAGGCCGUGCCUUUCAUGACCAGCUUGACGCAGAUGUCUCCGUUCAGCAACAAGCCGCGCGUGGCUAUCCUGCGUGAGCAAGGUGUUAACAGUCAGGCUGAGAUGGCCUUCGCUUUCAACAUGGCUGGUUUCUCCGCCGUCGAUGUUCACAUGACCGACGUUAUCUCGGGACGCGUGUCGCUCUCUAGCUUCGUCGGUCUUGCCGCCUGUGGUGGUUUCUCCUACGGAGACGUCCUCGGUGCUGGACAGGGUUGGGCCAAGUCUGUUCUGCUGCAUGAGAACACGCGGAAUGAGUUCCAGUCGUUCUUCCAGCGCCCCGACACUUUCGCUCUCGGUGUCUGCAACGGUUGUCAGUUCCUGUCUCGCCUGAAGGAGUUGAUCCCCGGUGCCCAGAACUGGCCGAGCUUCGAACGCAACGCCAGUGAGCAGUACGAGGGCCGUGUCUGUAUGGUUCGUGUCUCCGAUCCGGAUCCCGCGAGACCCAGCGUCUUCCUUCACGGCAUGAACGGCUCUUCUCUGCCCAUUGCCGUUGCCCACGGAGAGGGACGUGCCUCCUUUGCCCACUCUUCCACCGUCACGGCCCAAACUUUCGCUCGUGACGGUCUUGCCCCUGUCCAGUUCGUCGACAAUGCCACCCUUAAACCGACUACUAAGUACCCCUUCAACCCCAACGGCAGCCCCGAGGGUAUUGCGGGUAUUCGCAACGAGGACGGUCGCGUUCUUGCUAUCAUGCCUCACCCGGAGCGGACCGUCAUGGGCGGCAUCGCCAGCUGGCUGCCCGCGAGCUCUCACCAGUGGGGUGACAUUGGUCCUUGGGGACGCGUCUUCUACAGCGCUAGAAGAUGGGUUGGCUAAGCGGAAAGCUUUGACGACUCUAAUUACAUACGCUGCAAUCAACUUCAGUUAUGUGUUGGUACUUUUUUUACGGUACAGAUUAAAAUAAAAGCCGACCAGAUGUUACGAAGAAUGUUCUACGUUUUUGUUUUGUCCUUAUGUUUUACAUAUCAAAAUGAUGAGUUGCAUGCCGGCAUAUUCGAGGAAAUAUAAAUACAUUUUAUUAUUUUGGAUAUAGUGAUCACCGUCUUCAAUGAAGUUUUGGUGACUG